AUGCAAUUCAGAACUUUGGCUCCACUUGCUUUGGCUUCCGCUGCUUUCGCUGCUUACUCUAACGGUACCGUCUCCACCAUCACCUACGAGACCACCGUUGAGGAGGUUGUUACUGCUUUGACCACCUACUGCCCAGAAGCCACCACUAUCGUCACCAACGGUGAGACCUACACUGUCACCAGUGCCACCACCUUGACCAUCACCAACUGCCCAUGCACUAAGGAGGAGGUCAUCACCACCACCACCGUCACCACCGUCCCAACCACCUCCACUGGUGUUUCCUCUGUUGCUCCUUCUUCUGCUCCAGUCAUCUCCACUGCUGAGAACGCUGGUGCUAAGGUUGGUGCUGCUGGUUUGGCUGCCGUUGCCGGCCGCGCUGACGCUCAGCCUGGCGCUGGCGCCGCAAACGGUGCUGGCCGCGCUGUCGUAUCUCGAGAACGGCGACUGCGAGAUCCGCCGGUUCCGGAGCGAGACGCUGGUCGUCAUCUCGCGCGAGGCACGGUAUCUGGUCGAUCUGGAGCGCCAGUUCUGCUGCUGCCGGGAGAAACUCGAGCAGGGCUGGUGCAGCCAUCUGGUAGGCGGCGAGCUGGCCAGAAUCCACAGAGACAAGCUGGUGGCGCAGAGUCUGGUGGCGGAACGGGAUGUGUCGGACGUGGGCGAGUGGGCGCGGCUACAUUCGGAGAGCGUGCUGAGCAUGGCCAAGGGCGCACCGUAGGCGGCCCUGCAAUUCUGUGUUUACGCGUGUAG